AUGGCCCGGGCAUCAUGUGUUCUCCUUCCCCUCCUGCUAUGCGCCCUGUUUGCUUCUCUCAUUGCUUCCCGGCCCACUUUAGACUCCUCUACGGACUCUUCAGCUUCGACUGGACUCCCAGAGUCUGCGCUGGCUGCUCAGGCGCAUCCUAUUGAUUCGGGCGCCUCUGCAUUGGCGGUUUACGGGAAUAUCCUGGAGCAGAUGACUCGCAAGGCCAAAGCGACCAUUGCGGCCCUCUCGUCCCUGAUCAUCUAUGUCUCGGUCAAUAGCCUAGCCCGGACCCUCAAGCCCUCGGCCUGGGUCUGGUAUGAGGAAGACCGAGACGAGCCAACAUGGUUGGCGUCUUCGCGCUCCUGGCUUGACCGCAAAUCUUGCCGAUGGCUCGGCAUCUGUGGUGUCGCGCAUUUUGAAAUGGUCGGUAGCCAUUUCGGCCAUCGCGAUCCGUCCAAAUGGUCUGAAAACACGGAUGCUGACCCGGAGUCGUUGCCAUGGCGGUCGUUCUGGGUGAGCGGGGCCAGCAACCAGACCGAGUGGGAUGCUGACGAGCGGGCUCGGCGGGAGAUCCCCGACUAUGUCUUCGACUAUGCCCCACUCGUCCACCUCUAUUCUGGCGAGCAAUUUUGGCCCGGCGACAUCGCGGAGCAUUUGUGGCACACCACCCCCACGCUCAAUUACACUCCCAUCCAGGCUCAAUGGGAUCAUCCGACCUUGGAGGACUUGAACGAUCUCAAUCAGUGGGAAGGCGGGCGGCAUGUGUUCCUGACCAGUGACGAGGACCCCACCAGCCGUCCACCCUGGUUGGAGGGAGAGAAGAACAUUCCAAAGCCAGGCAACGGGGAUGAAGAGUCAACGAAAGAAUCAUGGGCGGAGGGGGAUGGCCGAGUGGAUAGCCAGAUUCACGAUGAUAGCGAGGGGGCCCGCGCCGAGUGGGACGACUUGCGGCAGUACACCGAGGAAGACAGAGAACGCAUGGAGAAAGAUGCGCUCGCCCGAGAAUCCAAACAAGGUUCCCAACGGUUUCGACAGGAGCUACGGAAGCGCUAUGGCGGUCACGAAAUUCAACAACCUUUCAAGGGCGCUUCCGCUAGAGGCAUCGGGGGCAGAAGCGAUGCGCCGGCAAUUUUGCUGGUGAUGGACAAAGGUAACGGCGUGGUGGAUGCCUUUUGGUUCUACUUCUAUAGCUUCAACCUAGGCAACACUGUUGUUAACGUGCGCUUUGGUAACCAUGUUGGAGACUGGGAGCAUUGUCUCGUGCGAUUCCAUCAUGGCCAGCCAAAGGCAUUGUUCUUCAGUGCCCAUUCCGGCGGCGAGGCCUAUCAGUACGAGUCUGUGGAAAAGAUCGGUCAGCGGCCGGUCAUAUACUCUGCUGAAGGCAGUCAUGCUAUGUACGCCCAUGCCGGAGUCCAUGAAUAUGUUCUGCCCUGGGGUCUCCUGCACGACGUUACCGAUCGCGGCCCAUUGUGGGACCCUCUGCUCAAUUCCAAGGCGUACAGAUACGAUUUCGAUACCGAUGAUCUACGUGCCUCCACCUUUACCCCCCUGGCUCCCACAGAGUGGUUUUAUUUUAAAGGCCAUUGGGGCGACAAAUUUUAUCCCCUUGGUGAUUCGCGUCAAUACCGCUUCGCCGGCCAAUAUCACUAUGUCAAUGGCCCUAUUGGACCGCGGUUCAAGCAUCUCAACCGCCACAAGGUCUGCCAAGGCCCUGAUCGCUCUGCCUGUGUAAUCAAGGAUUACAUUGGAGAGGCUGAGCGAGCUCCCUGGUGGUCUGUGGCAGAUUCUGGGAUAUGA